ACCGCCCUCCUCAGGGGACCCGUCUGGCCCGGCCAGUCUGGCCACGACCCCGCGGCCAGCGUCGUUUCAUUUGCUCAGGCUCCCAUUUGCUCGCAUCACCUCUCCAACCUCUACACGUGUUGCCAUGUCGUCGUGUUGAGCCGCGACUCGAACUCACCUCUCUCGCCCCGGCCACACCGUCUCGUCACAGCCGGUCUCCUCGAAAGUCUCGAUCCGGUCGUCGUCAAGACGCUGUACCCACGCGACGUGCAGACAAAGCAUUCAACACGUCAAGGUGAGCAGAGGAAGCAGGCGAACGAGGCGCUCAGACGUGACGACAACCCAACACUCCUGUACCAUAACCCUGCCCCGCUUCUUCUCACCCUCUUCGUCGCCCUCCUCUUGCGUCAGGCCAGUCUGAAAGAGCCUCCCGCAGUCCCGGUCUGA